AUGGGAAUCUCUGGUCUCUUGCCGGCUUUGAAGUCUAUCCAAGUUACCAGACAUCUUUCCGAAUAUUCUGGCAAGACCGUUGCUGUAGAUGCCUACGUCUGGUUACACCGAGGCGUCUACUCGUGUGCGAUAGAGCUCGCGACUGGAAAGGCCACAAAUAAGUAUGUCGACUAUGCAAUGCAUCGCGUCCGAAUGCUUCAGCACUAUAAGAUAAUCCCAUACAUUGUCUUUGACGGAGGUCCGCUCCCAGCGAAGAAGGGCACCGAGAGCGAAAGGAAGGCCAGACGAGAGGAAAAUUUAGCCAAGGGUAAAGCAUUCAUGGCACAGGGCAAGAUGUCGCAAGCCCGCGAGUUCUUCAUCAAAUGUGCCGACGUUACACCAGAAAUGGCUUUCCAAUUCAUAAAGGCAUUGCGAGCCGAAUCGGUUUCCUACGUAGUGGCGCCGUACGAAGCCGAUGCACAGCUUGCUUAUCUCGAAUUGGCAGGAUUCGUAGAUGCCAUCCUCACAGAAGACUCCGAUCUCCUCGUCUUCGGGUGUCAGAACGUCCUUUUCAAGUUCGAUUCCGUCAACGCCACCGUGGUGUCGAUUUCCCGCAAAGAUUUUGGGGCAGUGGCGACAUCCCCCGGAGAUGCGAAUAGCAUAUCUCUCAUCGGCUGGUCCGACGUGCAGUUUCGCGCUAUGGCAAUCUUGAGCGGGUGCGAUUAUCUACCAAGUAUACCCGGUAUCGGUCUGAAGACUGCUUGCAACCUUCUGAAGAAGUGGAAAACCCCCGAUGCAGUCAUUCGAGCCAUUAGCAUAGAAGGGAAAAAAUCAGUCCCACCUGGCUACUCCAAACAAUUCAAAUUGGCAGAGAAGUGCUUUCUACAUCAGCGCGUAUAUUGUCCUAGGCAGGAAAAACUUGUGCACCUCACCGACGUCGACUCAGAUUGGAACGAAGAAUUCGACGCAUACGUUGGAAGUGAUAUUGAACCUACUCUUGCGAAGGGAAUCGCCCUCGGAAACUAUGACCCAGACUCAUAUCUUCCAAUCAAGGAUAUUAACCCCGAUUUCCUCCCGCGCGCCUUGAAACCCAUUCACAUGGAGACCAAUACCCCCUCGAUGACGUCCAAAGGUAAAUCCAAGGCGCGACAGAGUUUGCCAACUCCAGUCAAAUCAGGCGGGGGGAUUCUCGACUUUUUUGGUCGUAAUCCAAUUAUCCCCGCUGCGCCUCCAAAGAAAAAACCCGUAGCUAUCCCAAUGAAACACCAGACGGUUUCUGUUGGGAAGGCGAGUGGGAAAAGGACGUUAUCAGAAGUCAUGGAUCAGGAUCUGGCACAUAAGAAGAGACACAGACACAGUUAUUCUCCGAUAAAAUCCGCACAGUCAAGGUUUUUUUCUGCCAACGACGAAACAAAGUUUGGUUCUGUCAGACGAAGGCACAGCGAUGGACUUCCCCCCGUUGCUGGUCCUUCCCGGACCCACGCAAAUAAAGAGAACUUCCAUGUUGCCACCGAUGCUGAAGAUCAAAAGCUGGAAGAUUCUGAAUCAGAUAUGAAUGUCUCUGACCUUUCCCUCCAAGGCCGAAUUGACGAAAUCAACUCCGACGGACGUGUAUCCUUGAAUAUCGAAGAAUUUUCAGACGUUGUAGAGCAAGAAGAUGGCUAUCUUUCACCUUCGUCUUCGUGCUCCAAGGAUGCUCAGGAUCUUUCUUCCCCACCAGGACCCAGUCGUCAACGGCGAGUAGUGUCGUUGACAGGCGUUAUUCCAAGCGACGAUGAAGAGGAAGCUGAUACUAGUUUUGGCGCGGAGGUGGUGUCAAGUCCGGUUUCAGUGAGGAAGCCUAAAUCUCGAAGCCGUUUUCAUAAUGAAAAGACGCCAUUGCGAAGGAUCGCCAAGUCCAAGUCCAAGGCCGCUGGAGAAAGCCAAGUUGUCGUUCUCGUGGCAUCAACUCCCAGUCCCGAAGGAAAGGAACGCUUGUACCCCGAUAUCGACGAUGUUCCAUCCCCCACUUUAUAUUGCGGCCCAGAUCUUCGGAAAAUGUUGGGAGACGAAGAGACGGUACUCGAUUUUAAUGAAAAGGUUAAAUCGGUGUCUGGAUCAGCUUCACCCCCAAGCCCGUCUUCCGAAACCCCCAAUUGUAAUGAACAGCAACCCGCACGGUUCAUUGAUGUCGUCGAUGUUGAUGCCCUAGAAGAUGAAGACGAUCCGAGAUGGCAACAAGAAUUGGUUGCGCAGAGUCAAGCUGCCGUCAUGGCGGGGUGGAAGCAGCGAUGGGCUUUACCUCCUGCCAAAACCCCAUUGCAGGCUAGGCGUUCAGUUCAGCAUGUAAUUACGCAACGGCAUCCAAUCCGCCCUUUGUCUCCCAAAAUGACUUCCAAAAAACUAAAAACAUCCCCCCCUGGUUCCUCUCGACCCACAACGAGUCGAGCGUUUGAAUUGCGACGCAGCGAUACCAAUGUUACCCCUGCUGGCCGACAUUCUCUGGCAAACUAUAAACCUCCCCGGUCCGCCCCAUCUAAGUUAUUUGGGACAUCGGGAAAUAGCAACUCUUCGAUGAAUCCGCCGAACAUCAAGCAGCUGGACAAAGGGCAACCUCGACGUAACGUGUUACUUUUUGAGACAGUCAAAGUUUCUGGCAAAGGGAAUGGGAGCGCGUCCUCCGCUUCGUCUCAAAAUCACAGCGAGCCUAUCGAUCUAACAAUGGACGACGAAAUUGAAGAAUUGGAUCCUACUGCAUGGACAGACGAGAUGGUGACAACUUCUGCUCGGGCGAGGUUGUCCCAUUUUCGGUGUGCAUUAAAUUUCUUCUUCACCUCUUUCUGGCUUUGCUGA